AUGGCCGAUCACUCAACUCAGAGAAGUCUCUCCUGCUACCAGCUAGCUAAAGCUGCUUCUAUCGAAGAAACAACUGAUGCUGCUGAGAAUGAUGUAUUGAGAGCAUUGUCCCAAAUAAUUGAUCCAGACUUUGGAACAGAUAUUGUCUCGUGUGGCUUUGUGAAAGAUUUGUUUGUCAAUGAGGCUUUGGGAGAGGUUUCCUUUCGUUUAGAGCUCACAACACCAGCAUGUCCAAUCAAGGACAUGUUCGAGCAGCAGGCAAAUGAGGUGGUGCUGAUGCUUCCUUGGGUUAAAAAAGUCAACGUGACAAUGUCAGCUCAACCAGCCAGACCUAUUUUUGCCGAGCAACUUCCGGCAGGAUUACAGACAAUUUCAAACAUUGUGGCAGUUUCGAGUUGUAAGGGAGGUGUUGGAAAAUCAACUGUAGCUGUAAAUCUUGCAUACACUCUCGCUGAUAUGGGUGCGAGAGUUGGUCUCUUUGAUGCUGAUGUCUAUGGUCCUAGUUUGCCAACUAUGGUCUCCCCAGAAAACCGACUACUGGAAAUGAACCCAGAGAAGAGGACAAUUUUUCCAACUGAAUACUUGGGAGUCAAGUUGGUAUCUUUUGGAUUUGCUGGGCAAGGUCGUGCAAUAAUGCGAGGUCCCAUGGUUUCUGGGGUCAUCAACCAACUCCUUACGACUACAGAAUGGGGAGAGCUGGACUACCUGGUCAUCGACAUGCCACCAGGAACUGGCGAUAUUCAGCUCACAUUAUGCCAGGUGGUGCCAUUAACUGCUGCUGUUAUUGUUACCACCCCUCAAAAGCUGGCAUUCAUUGAUGUUGCAAAAGGAGUACGCAUGUUUUCAACGCUUAAGGUUCCGUCCGUUGCUGUAGUUGAGAAUAUGUGCCACUUUGAUGCUGAUGGAAAACGUUAUUAUCCUUUUGGCAGAGGUUCAGGUUCUCAGGUUGUCCAGCAAUUUGGUAUACCUCAUCUGUUUGAUCUUCCCAUUAGACCAACUCUAUCUGCUUCUGGAGAUAGUGGGAUGCCUGAGGUUGUGGCUGAUCCUCAAGGUGAAGUUGCCAAAAUAUUUCAGAACCUUGGCGUGUGUGUUGUACAACAGUGUGCCAAGAUUCGCCAACAAGUAUCAACUGCUGUAACCUAUGAUAAAUCACUCAAGGCAAUCAGGGUGAAGGUACCAGAUUCAGAUGAAGAAUUCCUUCUGCAUCCUGCUACUGUGAGAAGGAAUGAUCGCUCUGCACAAAGUGUGGAUGAAUGGACCGGUGAGCAAAAACUUCAAUAUGCUGACAUUCCAGAAGAUAUUGAACCUGAAGAAAUCCGGCCUAUGGGAAAUUAUGCUGUGUCAAUAACAUGGCCAGAUGGAUUUAACCAGAUCGCUCCUUAUGAUCAGCUGCAAAUGAUCGAGCGGUUGGUUGAUGUUCUUCAACCAGUGGUUGUGGAAGCAUGAUAUUACAUUCAAUUCUUACACUCGUAAACUACUUCAGCAUCACCAGCUUCACAAAUACAGUUUUGAAGUUCUCAUUAGAUUCUCCAGCAAGGAAAAAUGGUACUGAGAUGAAGAUUGAUGUAGUGUAGAGUGUUAAAGAUAUUUUUUUAAGUCUGGUUGUAGCUGUAAACAAACAGAUCUAUGGUAGUUAUAAAGCUUCUUUGCUUUGCCUUUA